AUGGAGGUGACGGCGGACCAGCCUCGCUGGGUGAGCCAUCACCAUCCCGCGGUCCUCAACGGGCAGCACCCGGACACUCACCACCCGGGCCUCGGCCACUCCUACAUGGACCCGGCGCAGUACCCUCUGCCCGAGGAGGUGGAUGUACUUUUUAACAUCGACGGUCAAGGCAACCACGUCCCGUCGUACUACGGAAACUCGGUGAGGGCCACCGUGCAGAGGUAUCCUCCGACCCACCACGGGAGCCAGGUAUGCCGGCCACCUCUGCUGCACGGAUCCCUGCCCUGGCUGGAUGGUGGCAAGGCCCUGGGCAGCCAUCACACUGCUUCGCCCUGGAACCUCAGCCCUUUCUCCAAGACGUCCAUCCACCACGGCUCCCCGGGGCCCCUGUCGGUCUACCCGCCGGCCUCAUCCUCCUCCCUGUCGGCUGGGCACUCCAGCCCGCACCUCUUCACUUUCCCGCCCACCCCACCGAAGGAUGUCUCCCCAGACCCAUCCCUGUCCACCCCGGGCUCGGCCGGCUCGGGCCGCCAGGACGAGAAGGAGUGCAUCAAGUACCAGGUGCCGCUGCCCGACAGCAUGAAGCUGGAGUCGGCGCACCCCCGCAGCAGCAUGGCCACCCUGGGAGGGGCGGCGGCCUCAGCCCACCACCCCAUCACCACCUACCCGCCCUACGUCCCCGAGUACAGCUCUGGACUCUUCCCGCCCAGCAGCCUCCUUGGGGGCUCCCCCACCGGCUUCGGAUGCAAGUCGAGGCCCAAGGCGAGAUCCAGCACAGAAGGCCGGGAGUGUGUGAACUGCGGGGCGACAUCCACCCCUCUCUGGCGACGAGAUGGAACUGGGCAUUACCUGUGUAAUGCCUGCGGGCUCUACCACAAGAUGAACGGACAGAACCGGCCCCUCAUCAAGCCCAAGCGAAGGCUGUCGGCAGCAAGAAGGGCAGGUACGUCCUGUGCAAACUGUCAAACCACAACUACGACUCUGUGGAGAAGAAAUGCCAAUGGAGACCCUGUCUGCAAUGCCUGCGGGCUCUACUAUAAGCUGCACAAUAUUAACAGACCCCUGACUAUGAAGAAGGAAGGGAUCCAGACCAGAAACCGAAAAAUGUCUAGCAAAUCCAAAAAGUGCAAAAAGGUGCACGAUGCGCUGGAGGACUUCCCCAAGAGCAGCUCGUUCAACCCCGCUGCCCUCUCCAGACACAUGUCUUCGCUCAGUCACAUCUCGCCCUUCAGCCACUCCAGCCACAUGCUGACCACGCCCACGCCGAUGCACCCGCCGUCCAGCCUCUCCUUCGGACCUCACCACCCUUCCAGUAUGGUCACCGCCAUGGGCUAGGGUCCCUGCUCGAGCGACACUCACAGGGCUCCAGGCGAGAGUCCCUCUGGCCCCCUUCUACGUGCAUUUUCGCAGGAGCAGUAUCAUGAAACCGAAACCCGAUGGAUCUGUGUGUUUUUGCAGGCAUCAAGCAACCUGAUGUUGUGGCCACUCGGACGACGCAGCCUACCGUGGUGUCCGUUUUCUCACUCCCCGAAUCUGGAUCCCAUUUGUGAAUAAGCCAUUCAGACUCACAUUCCCUAUUGAACAGGGUCUCUCUAGUGCUGUGAAAAAAAAAAAAAAAAAAGUCACCGAACAUUGCAUAUAACUUAUGUUGUAAGAAAUACUGUACAUUGAAAGAAGACUUGAUUGCCUCUCAGUUGCUGUCAGGAAGGCACGGAGGAUGCCAUGCCUUUGAAGGACGAUGGGGGGAAAAUAAAGAGUGGCGAUUAAGAAGAAACUAGGUCUGAUAUCCAAAUGGACAAACUGCCAGUUUUGUUUCCUUUUCCUGGUUACA